AUGGCGAAGCGGAAGUUGCCGGACAGGCCUCCGAACGGCAGCGGGGCCGGCGAGCGGCCGAGCGUGCGGCCGCGGCGGCUGGACAGCGGGCGGGCGUACAGUACGCUGACGCAGCCUUUUCGCGUCCCGCUGAACAGCGAGCGGACGCGGCAUGGCGAACGAUACGGGGUGCGGGCGACGCGGCGGGCGGUGACGACCUACGCUGAGGAGGGCGGGGCGCGCAGCGAGGAGAACGACGUAGGCGGGAAGCGGAUCGACGCGCUGUCGGCGCAGCGGCUGUCGAAGGACGCGCAGCGGCUAGCGGGGAUCGAGCGGACGCUGCGGCGAUCAUUCAGCGUGCCGAUCAAGGGCUACGUGCCGCGUCACAACAUCCCUCUGGCACUAGGCAUGAAGAUGCGUGUGGUGGCGCCGCCGCGACCGCUGCACGAUCCGACGGAAGAGUUUGCCAUAGUGCUGUACGAUCCAACCGUGGAUGGAGAGAUACCGGAUGAGACGCCGCGCGAGGAGCCCGCCCAGAAGGAAAAUGACGGCGGGAAUGAAGAGCAGGCGCGGCCGACACGCCGCACAGCCACCCACCCCGAGAAACUGUCGAACGGUCUGAGGAAUAAGACGCUGCGCGAGCUUCUGGGGACAGUCACCGAAACGCCUAAGUUUCCGAGUGUUCCAGUGGUGAUAGACCCGCGUCUGGCGCGGAUUUUACGCCCUCAUCAAGUGGAAGGGGUAAGAUUCCUGUACCGCUGUGUGACUGGUCUGGCGAUGAAGGAUUUUUUGGAUACACAGGCUGUCUUGGCAGCCGGCGAGGUGCAAGACGAUGGCACUGGUAAGGAUCCGGGUAGUAAAGAUAGUGAGCCAAUAGUUGUGGAGGUGCUUGAGGAGACGCCGACGCCGACUCCUACGCCGACGCCGACGCCCUCGCCUGAGAUCUUGGAUGCCAAUGCAGCUAUGACUCGAGAAUCAAAUAGGGGGGCUUAUGGGUGUAUUAUGGCUGAUGAAAUGGGUCUAGGUAAAACGCUGCAAUGUAUAGCGUUAAUGUGGACGCUACUACGGCAGGGCUCCCAAGGUCGUCCUACAAUUGAAAAGUGCAUCAUUGUCUGCCCUUCGUCCCUGGUUAAUAACUGGGCUAAUGAGAUUGUGAAGUGGUUGGGACCCGAUGCCCUUUCGCCACUGGCUAUCGAUGGACGUAAAAGUUCCCUUUCGAACGGCUCGGUUGCACAGUCCGUCAGGCAGUGGGCGAUUGCCCAGGGCCGUAAUGUAGUCAAGCCUGUAUUGAUUAUUUCCUAUGAGACUCUGCGGCGAAAUGUAGAAAAUUUAAAAGGCUGCAAGGUUGGACUCAUGCUGGCCGAUGAGGGUCAUAGGUUGAAAAAUGGUGACUCUCUGACAUUCACGUCACUGGACUCAAUCAACUGUCCCCGUAGAGUGAUCUUAUCUGGAACACCCAUUCAGAACGAUUUAUCUGAAUAUUUCGCCUUACUAAAUUUUAGUAACCCUGGGCUUCUCGGUACGCGGGCACAAUUUAGGAAAAAUUUCGAAAUACCCAUUCUACGGGGUCGGGAUGCUGAUGCUACUGACAAGGAGAUCGCUGCUGGUGAGGUGAAGUUACAUGAGUUAUCCCAGAUUGUGUCGAAAUUCAUUAUCCGGAGAACCAAUGAUAUCCUAUCGAAGUACUUACCUUGUAAGUACGAACAUAUUCUAUUCGUCAAUCUCUCUCCGAUGCAAAAGGCAAUUUACGAACACUUCGUGAGGUCACGAGAGGUUGCCAAGUUAAUGAAAGGUACAGGGUCGCAGCCACUGAAGGCGAUAGGUUUGCUGAAAAAGUUAUGUAACCACCCUGACCUGCUAGAUCUCCCGGAUGAGAUCGCCGGUUCUACAAAUUUAAUUCCAGAUGACUACCAGAGUGCUAUGACACACAACUCGCGCGGAGGACGUUCCCAUGUUGAAGUCCAAACGACACAUUCAUCGAAGUUCGCAAUUCUAGAACGUUUUCUGUUUAAGAUCAAGCAUGAGUCGAAUGAUAAGAUUGUCCUGAUUUCUAACUACACGCAGACCUUGGAUUUAAUCGAAAAAAUGUGUCGCUACAACCACUACGGUGUUCUUCGACUUGACGGUACCAUGACAAUUAACAAACGUCAAAAGCUUGUUGACAAAUUCAACGAUCCCUCAGGGGAGGAGUUUAUCUUUUUGUUAAGCUCCAAGGCCGGUGGCUGUGGUAUCAACCUUAUUGGUGCCAAUCGGUUGAUACUUAUGGACCCAGACUGGAAUCCUGCUGCUGACCAACAGGCGCUAGCGCGUGUCUGGAGAGAUGGCCAAAAAAAGGACUGUUUUAUUUAUAGAUUUAUUACAACCGGCUCGAUAGAAGAGAAGAUAUAUCAGAGACAAUCGAUGAAAAUGAGUCUGAGUUCCUGUGUCGUUGAUGAAAAAGAGGAUGUUGAGCGACUUUUCAGUUCGGACAACUUGAGGCAAUUAUUUCAGUUUGAUUCGAACACCAUAUGCGAUACCCACGCCACAUACCACUGUAAAAGAUGCAGGGAUGGGAAACAAAUGAUAAAGGCACCCGCCAUGUUAUACGGGGAUGCCACUACAUGGAACCAUCUGAACCAUGAUGCUCUUUUGAAGACCAAUGACCACUUAUUGAGAAAUGAGCACCAGUUUAAUGAUAUAAGUUAUGUGUUUCAGUAUAUAUCUCACUGA